AUGAAGCCUUCCACCAUCCUCUCCGUCUUCACUGUGGUAGCCACUGUCUCAGCAGUGCCUACCAUGGAGCUUGAGCCGAGGGCAGCUCCAACAUGCCCUGCUGGAAGCUUCAAGCAGAUCUGCCUGCCCGGUGGACUGUUCAACAUCAUCAACACUCUCCUCGGCAAUAUCCUCGGCACUGUUCAGAUUUUCGGUACCCCUUGCGGCGGCACAAUCAAGUGCUGCACUACUUCCUCUGGAAUCGGCUCCAAGAUCAAGGUCAGCGGACUCAAAUGUGUUGCUCCUACUACACCAACUACUCCAACCAUUCCACCCGUGGUGUCUGCACUUCCACCUAUCAUCCCACCCGUGGUUUCUGCCAUACCGCCUGUGGUGUCUGCCAUUCCACCAGUCAUCUCUGGUGUGGUUUCCGCUAUUCCACCAGUCGUCUCCGCUGUCGUCCCACCCGUGGUUUCCAUCGUAGCACCCGUGGUUUCCGAUGUCGUCUCCGUCGUAGCGCCUGUGGUCUCCGUACUCUCCGCCGUAGUACCAGUGGCGACACCCAUCCUCUCCGUCGUAGUUCCAGUGGCUACACCCAUCCUAAACCCAGUGCUUUCUGUCGUAGUGCCAGCGGCAACACCCAUCCUCAACCCAGUACUCUCCGUCGCUGCACCAGCGGCAACACCCAUCCUGAACCCAGUACUCUCCAUUGUUGCACCAGUCGCAACACCCAUCGUUCAACUUCCGGGCAUUGGACUCUAG